AUGCACAAUAUCAAUGAUAGAGUGGUGCUAAAUGAUGUGGAGGGAACUAUCAAAUAUAUAGGUCCAACUCAAUUUCAGCCCGGUGAGUGGAUUGGAGUUGAACUUGACCGACCGGUUGGGAAGAACGAUGGCUCUGUUGCUGGAGUCAGGUAUUUCCAAGCACAAGAUAAACAUGGUGUCUUCGUUCGUCCUUCAAUGUUGCAGCCGCCCAACUCGGGCGAGACUCGCCUGAAGGCUAUUAUCAGAUCGUUGGAAGACAAAGUGCUGAAACUGCGAUCGGAUGUGAACGAUCUUACGGCUCAAUUGGAAUCAUCAAAAAGUACUGUGAUAUCCUUGGAGGAAUCAUUAGAGCGAGAAAUCAUGGAAAAAAUGACGCUGGCUGACAGACUGGCUGCGUUGCAAGACAGGAAAAAAGAGAUUUCAGCUGACUCGAUUAGGUGCGGAGAUGUUGACAGUGCUCAAAUAGAAGAAUAUGUGAAGGAGCUCGACAAGUUGAGAAAACUCAACGACCAGCUUCAGACCAAAUUAUCGUCUCUAGCUAACGCCGAAAUUAUUAUCGAAUCGUUAACGGUCCAAAAUGUUGAAUUGACGGACGAACUCUCAAAUUGUAAGGCAGCCAUGAAAGAGCUCGAAACCCUGCUGGAACUUGAUAAAGAUCUGGAACAAAGUCAUUUGGAGAUAGAAAAUGAAUUGCGGGCUGAAUUAGAGCAGACACAAGAAAAGCUGGCGCAAGAACAAGCUCGUAUCAAAGAUCUCGAGACCAAAGUUGCAAAGCUCAAUCAGUUACUUCUGCAGAAGCACUCACAACCGGAAAAUUCUAGCGUUUCUAACGAGAACACUGAAAAGCUUCUUUCUCAAUUGAAACACCAUCACUCUCAAAAAUUGCAAUUAAAGCACCAGCUGGAAAAACAGCAGGUCUUGCACAAGGCGGAGCGUUUAGCUUUGGAAGAGUAUUCAAAUCUCCUCUUAAGAUCUGAAGGCGGCUCAGAAAGCUUAAAGGAGAUGGCCCAGGUCGUGAGAUUUAGAACUUUGUGCCACCAGUUCGAAGAUCAUUUUAUUGGUCAACUAGGUGAGGUUGCAAGUGUUGAUGAUUAUUUCCAUCAAUCGCAGUGUCUUCGCGAUGCCUUUGCCCUAGGACGGCUUGCCUUAGAAGCAUAUUGUAUAAUAAGAACGUGCGAAUAUCACAGAGAGGUGCCAGAUGCUGUCGCGCAGCACGUUUCUGGGCUUCUGGAAAGGUUUGAUGAAAUGCUUGAAGCACAUGAGUAUCACGAAAGUUUCAUGAUUCCAUUCGAGGGACCUGUGAAAAACAGGGAGGAAGUCCUCAAGCACAUGCUGCUGGCUGUCCACAAACUUGAGUACUGUCUUCUUUUGAGUGGUCUACUAAAGGACGGACUGUUAUUGAGCGGGAUAAGGUAUGGGUUUAGCGAAGUGAAAGUGACCAUUGAGGAUUUGAUGAGGCAACUCGACGGUCAAAUCCGUGCACUCGAAAUGCUGGAGAAAAAUGCUCAAGGGCUAAUAAGUGGGCCUAAUGUUCGAUUUGGACCUAUAGAAGACCUUUUUGCUACUCUUUGCGAGCUGGAUGAAAGAAUAAGGGCUGGUGAGGAGAUUGCGGUGUUCGGAGAGCUGGUGAAAAUCUCCUCUACUAAGCUAGACUUCCCUGAAUUUGAAGCUGUUGGAAUCCCUGCAUUCACAAGCUGGUUUGCUGGACACACAGACAUCCAGAAUGAUACGACGAGCAACGAGCAAGCUCGGACUAUUGAGGAACUUCAAAUGAAGAUCUCUCUGCUCCAGGCCAAGUUGAGCAAACACCAAACAGAGGAAUUGCAACUGAUACAGCUAUCUAAGUCGUUUGAAGAAUUGCAAUUAGAGAAUCAAAAACUAAACCAAGAAUACACGGGAGCACAGGUGAAGUACAAAGAGAUCUUGAAACAACUUGAUGAGGCAACUAGAAGGUUACAGCUUUAUGGAGACGACAAAACUCGUGGAGUCUACGAAGAGUUUAUGAGACUGGACAAAAUGGAACUCAUAAAUGAAAUCUCAAGCCUCAGGGCACUGGUAACCAAGCUUGAUACCUCCAGAACUGUCCAAAACCGCGAACUGCAGUCUGCCUAUGACUUUUUACCUGACAUUCGGCCACUCAAGUGGGAUCUGAGUACCAAUAUCGAUGAGAUGGUGAGAGCUGAUGAGCUCUUUGCUAACAUUAAACACUUUCAGAUUCCAAAAAUCACAGAGGAUAACUCAAAUGCAUUGAAAGGCUACACCAAAAUGCUCAACAUCUUAAUGGGAUGA